CCAUAGUGGAACGCGAUUCAACCGUACUGGCACGCGAUUCAACCAUGGGUGCACGCAUUCGAUCAUAGUGGCAUGCGAUUCGAAGCAGGCGGUUUGCGAUUCGAUGCAAACGGCACGAGAUUCGAACGUAGAUGGAAACAGGUGUAAGUCAACCAGUCUGUAAAAGCCUUCAAACAACUUAUUUACUGUAAAAUGACAUUUUCACUACAAUUUAUCCUUCUCACUACGGAAAAGCUGUAAACAACCAGGCGUCCUCAUCCCACGGACACCCUUAUCACUUCACCCCCUUCAGUAGAAAGGACGGGCGUCAAUUAAACAAGCCUGUCGAAUGGCCAGACGUAGCAACCGUUACUAGCGAACAGUUGCCCGUUUCGCUAAGACAAGUUGUUUACUUUUCGUCGGCCGCUUCAAAUUAGUUUUCUGCUGCUGGCCCUUUAGCCAGUACGAUACCGCUUCCCGUAAAACGCGGACAACCACCAGACCCCUGAACGAAACCUUUCCCGCAGGACGACUGGUUUGUUAAUUUGUUCGUUUUUGUUCGUCGUCAGUGAAGGUGUUCUCUUGAACUAGAAAAAAGCUAGCCGAAAACUAGGCAAACCAACCAGUACGCCGCGUUGGGUUUCAGUUUCACCUUCCGCUCAGUGGGAAAGCAGGCAGACAGGCAGGCAGGCAGUUGUAGUUUUAAAGGCGAAGGAUUGCAUUGUGGUGUUGGUAUAGGGGCGACUUUGGGCAACUUUUAGUGCAAGUGCAGGUAGCAACAAAAAAGCGACGAUCUUGAACUGUGCAAGGACAAACAGAGUAAACUGAAUUAGUGGUGGUUGAACGGAACAACAAACAGCUGUUGAAAAAACCCGUUCCAACCAUGACGAAACAGAAAGUGUUUUCCAAAAAAGCCAAAACCAACCUAACGCACCUUUAUCUGAACGAUAAAAAUAUGACCAAAAUUAGCAACAUCUACCCGACGAAAAACAUACUCGUCCUGUACCUGCACAACAACCAGCUGAGCAAAAUCGAAAAGUUGGGCGCUUUCGCGCACCUAACGCACCUCUACCUGCAGUGGAACAAUUUGCGCAAGAUCGAAAACCUCGAAGGGCUGAAAAAUCUCAAACAGCUCUACCUGGGCUACAACAAAAUAACGCGGCUGGAAAAUUUGGGCAGCCUGAAGAAGCUCGAACAGCUGCACAUCGAGCGGCAGCAGCUGGACGGGGCGGCCCGGUUCGAAUUUGAUCCGGAAUGUUUGUGUGCGCUUGCGAACCAUUUGAAGGUGUUGAACAUAAAAAAGCUGAAGCUGGCCAAUAUUGAUGCGCUGGAGCCGCUUUGGAAACUGGAGAUACUGCUCGCUUCCGAGAACAACUUUAAAUCCACCGACGAUAUCACGCCCGUCAUUAGUGCACUUUACUCGCUGCGCGUUCUCGACCUGCAAGGCUGUGCGGCCCAGCGUGAUGUGCACUAUCGCGAGAAGGUUACGGCAGCGGCCGGUCACAAGCUCCUGCUCCUGGACGGUAAGAUGAUUUCCCAAUCGACGCGCAACUUUAUCAAAAACUUCCAAACCGUCAAGCUCGAGAAGCAGCGGCGCGCGAACGAGAAGCCCAAAACGGCGGACACUGGCGGCUCCAAAUCGUCCUUCGAAAGUGUCAGCGAACGUAGCAGCGGUGGUGGUGGUGGUGGUACUGCGGGCAGUGGCGGCGGUACCGGUGGGUUCGUUGAUCCGUUCAGUGCCGUGCUGCCGCACCAGUUCCCCGGCAACUCGCUGUUUCAGGUGUCGACGCGCCGUUCGCCGGCCUGCACGCGAAUCCUUCGCAAACCGAUCAAAUCGCCACUGCUCACGAAAACCAUGUCGGCUAACUUUUGUGACGAGAUGGCAUUCCGCUCGAACGAGCUGCAUCCGGCGACGACGGUGGUCAUGCUGCAGGGCAAGGAGAUAAAGGCGGGCGCCCCGCCGGUCUAUAAGGAUAAGUUGCGUGCCCAUCGGAAGAUACAAUCGUUGCCCACGAUCGAUCACUAGGGAGCUUGUGUAGCGUGCGGGAAUUGGAGGUUGAACGGAGGUUCUUUUCGUGUUUCAAUCCGAAUCCGACGAGUGCUCUGGAAAAAAAACAGGGAAAAUAAUGUAUUUCAUUUGUUUUUUUUAAAUCAUCGCGUUUUAAAUUUAAGUGAUUUUCAAACGGUAGUUAAAUAAAAUGCAACCAUCGCGUGUGAAUAAAUACGAUUCCACUGCUUACAUUGUCUUGUUGAGGGGGGGUUGUUUACCUCACUAGUUCGGAUAUGUUUCUUGCUUCACUUCACCUGACACAGGCACGAAAGUUAUUAUGGAAAAAUGGCACAUUUAUUUUAAUAACAUAAUAUACAUUGUAAUGAUUUUUCCUCAUUUUUUUUCUUUCUCCUACUUCUUCUUCUUCUUCUUCUUCUUUUUCUUCUUUCAUGCCGUUGAUUCAUUUUGUAUGUUUUCUGUUUUGUUGUGUUUUUUUCCUUUUUUUAAUUUUCCAUUAAAACGUAGCCAUCUGGUAUUAUCAUUACAUCACUGUACGUUAUCAUCUUUCACAUUCGUGUUUUCUUUCCAUUUUAUCAACUAUCAUCUUCUGCUGUCACGUUCCCUUUCCUUCUGCCAUUUCUCUCGAAUGAUUGUGUUGUGUGUGUAUUUUUUUUUACUUCUGUGUGGUUUUACCUUCUCAUUUUGUUUUUCUUUUCCUUACGAUUUGCCAUGGAUUUUGUUGUGUGUGUGUAUAUAAAUGUUUUUUUGAUUUGCUCUUGCAACACAUUACGCUUAUAAUGGAACUGCUACUUGUUGUCUUAUACUGUUGCUUCUUUUUUUGUUUGCUCACUUGCUUUAUCUAUUUCGUUAUUCAUUUCGUUCUUCUCGUUCACAUCGUGGCUUGUUGUUUGUUGGAGGAUGUUCAUGCAUUGGCUUGGUUGUUUAUUUUUAAUUAUUACUUUGAAUAGCAACAAAACUGCGUUAUCGAUUUGAGCACACGCAUUUCGAUAUUUUGCUAGUGUUUUCUUCCCAUUUUUCUGAUUUGUCUAUAUACUGUGUUCGUUGUACGGACGAGCGUUUUUGCAUGACGAACGAUUGUGUAUUGUGUGUGUUGCAGGAUUGUGUUACGUUCCAUCGUGCAAUCGAAACCACCAGCACGGCGCCUUUGGUAAAGCAAUGUAAAA